AAGAAUUUAAACUGCAUUCUGCAAUCUAGGCUACCUCAGAACUACUGUAACUUUUCAUGGAUUCAGGUGAAAGUUACAUGGAAGAGAUCAAAAUUUGACACCUGGAACCCAGAGUAUCAAAAUUCGUAUCAAACCGUUGUUACGACUGUGCUUAUUUAUUAAGAUGAACGAGUUUUUGCGAAGAACUAUCAAACUCUACGUGUGGACAGGAAGCUGGCCGAUAAACGGAGCCCCGAGAUUAAUCGAAAAUCUGCGAUACGCGGCCGGAUUAUUGAUCAUAAUCAGCAUCGCGAUAAUGAACGGCUUUCAAUACUUCGAUCUUUACAUGCACUGGGGAAACUGGAAACACUUUGCCGAAAAGGCCUAUUUAUUUUUCGCUUACACCUGCGUCAUCGGCGAGACCUUCGUAUUUUAUACUCGUCGCGAGGAGAUAAUGUCACUGUCAGAGGAAAUAACCAACUACGAGAAUGAAAUAUUUUUGGAAAAAAACGACAGCGAGAAGGUCGAAUUGCUGCGGGACGGUCAACGAAAGUCGAAAUUUAUCAACACUUUUCUUUGGCUCUUCAUGUUCAUGAUCAUCGUCUACAUGGUGACGUGGCCAAUGAUCUACAUGACAAUCGUCGGCGAUUAUGAUUCGAGAAUUUUACCCAUACCGGUUCAAUACCCAUUCAGUUUAAAUUCCACGGAGAAUUACGCCGCGGUUUACCUGAGCGACGCGAUGACAGAGUUUUUGGUGACAACGCACUCGCUGGCCUUCGACUCGCUAUUCGUCGCGUAUAUUUUCUUCGCCCUUGCUCGUCUCAAGAUACUUCGACAUUCUAUCGAACAAUUGCCCCUCACAGCGCAACGGAAAUUAAUGAUCCUUGUGAAAAAUCGAGAGGAUUUUAUCGUAACCCCCGUCACAAGGAAAACAUUGGAAAUGAUUUUUCAGGAUGAACUGAAGAAAUGCAUACAGGAACAUCAGAGAAUCAUUACGUUUUGCAAAACUGUCGACUCUUUGUUAAGCCCGGUUCUAUUCGGCGUGUUUAUAACUUACUCAAUGAUCAUUUGCCUCCUCCUAUUUCACCUUUUAAUGACGGGAAUGAGUACGGAUUUACUGCAACCAGGACAGAUCCUGAUAUUCUCAUUGCUGACUUUGUUUCGUUACUACUGGUGCGGCGACGAGUUAACGAACGAAGGUCUGAAGAUCGGCGAAUCGGUAUUGGGCAUAAAUUGGUACGAUUUCGGCAAUAGUAAUGCGAAAACUAUUAUUUCCAUGGUUCUACGUUCGCAGAAGCCGAUUUAUCUCACCGUUGGAAAGUUCUACAUGGUAACACUGGAAACCUAUUUAUCCUUUUCUAAAAUCUUUUUAGCUGCUGAGUAGCGCUUACUCGUAUUUUGCAUUGAUGAAACAAUUCAUGUAACGGUCGUGAAACUCGUGCUCUAUGGUUUCGAAUGGCUUUUGCAUGAUCUAAAAAAGUUAAACAUAACUACAAAAGUUCUAUCACAAUAUUGUACGAGAACAAAUUUACGCGAAAAAUUUUCGGUAAGUGUUUAACAAUGAACAUUUCAUCGAAAAUAAUAUGUUACACGAAUGUGUAUUUAUUUUUUAUUUUUUCUUUCGAAUUCACACGUUUAAUAGUAGUAGGCAUAGAAAAUAAGACGUCUGUUGUAAUUUGAGCUCUAAAUGAUAAUAUUUAGCGAUUCCUGAACGCAAUUUUUCAUUUUUCAUUUAAUAAACACGCGAAAAUAAUUUCAUUUACUUCUGAAUUUUGUAGCUCGGUAACGAGGCGACGUAAAUAAAUUUUCGUUACGCAUUUUUGUAG